UAAUAAUAAUUAGAAGAUGAAGAUCAACGAACGAUCAAGAUUGCGUGAUCUUGAGUAUAGAUAUUAGUGAUACUCUGUUUUAAAAGAUUCAUCAUAACCAUAAACUCAAUUCUUUAGUGAUAUAUACUCUCUUCGUCUCUCUCUCACUUUGUCAUUCUCUCUCUCGCAAAGAACGCUUUCGAUACUCUGCUUUUGCCGGCGAUAACGAAACCAUGGGUGGUUGUUGCUCCUCGACGCCUCUUGAGAACGAUCAACAACCUCCGCAACAGCCGCAGAUUCCUCCCGGUGAACGCAAGAAGGACGAUGUCAAGAACGACGGAUUCGUAAACUGGCCUUUCACAGAGUUCUUCCUCUCCGAUCUCACGGCAGCUACAAAGAACUUCAGUUCCGACGAGAUCAUAUCAGAGAACGUAGAAGAAUCUUCCAACGUUGUCUACAAAGGUCGCUUAUCAGAGAAUCUUGGUUUCGUCGCUGUCAAGAGAUUCAAGAAUACAACACCUUGGGAUGAUCCUGACUACUUUACGGAAGACGCAAAAACAGCUGGAGAGCUAAAACACAAGAGACUCGUCAAGUUGUUGGGAUAUUGCUGCGAGGAAGAUGAAGGACUUCUUGUUGCAGAGUUCAUGCCUAAUGAUACUCUUGCUAAGCGUUUAUUCCAGGAGAAGAACAUGGAAUGGUCAAUGAGGUUGCGAGUGGCUUAUCAUAUAGCUGAAGCAUUGGAUUAUUGCAAUAGUGUACGUUUUGACGAGUACCAUAAUCUAAGUGCUUACACUGUUCUGUUUGAUAAGGAUGGUGAUGCCUGUCUUUCUAGUUUCGGAUUUGUGAAAGAGAUCAUCCGUUAUAAUCGAAGAGAAGGAGGUAACCGGCUCACGCUUGUCUCUUCAGAUUAUUCAUAUCAGAAUGUGAUGUUUUAUAUUCUCAUUGUAGGAAACGUGAGCACUGGGAAUGUGACAUACAGAUUUGGUAACAUCCUUUUGAAUCUGCUAACUGGAGUUGAAAUUCCUCCAAGCCAUGCUCUUGAGAUGAUCAAUGGAAAGGAUGUUACUGAGCUGAUGGAUCCAAAUCUGAAGGGAAAGUUCUCUACAGAAGAAGCUACUGUAGUUUUAAAACUCGCCUCUGAAUGUUUGCAGUGGAAGGAUUAUAUAGAGAAUCGCAUCACUAAAGAGCUUGUUGCAACACUUGAAGCCUUGCAGGCUAAAAAAGAAAUUCCAUCUUCUGAAAUGCCUGAAACAACAAAGCAGCAGGAGGAGGCAUCAUCUUCAAGUCAACAACAACUUCCACCCUGAAUCUGCAAAUAGCCUUCAACAAGAACUCUUCUUGAAGAAACAUGGUUAAGGAAGAAGAAUCUUGAUUUUCUCUAGGAUAAAAAGUGAACUAUAUACUUUGACACCUUCUUUGUUGGUUUCUGAUUGGAGCGUUUUGUGUAUUUUCUGAACUAAGAAUCAAAACCAAAGUUGAAACCUUUUUC